AUGUGCUGCGAUUAUCGCAAGUUAAACCAAAAGAUAGUCAAGGAUAAUUUCCCUAUGGUGUUGAUUGAUGAUGUGCUGGAGCGGUUACAGAGUUCGAAAAUUUUUACAACGUUAGAUCUGGCUAAUGGGUUCUUCCACGUGCCAGUGGCCGCAGAAUCCCGGAAGUUUACAUCCUUCGUCACACACCAUGGUCAGUUCGAAUUUUUAUAUGUUCCUUUCGGUAUUUCGAACUCUCCCGCGGUCUUCUGUCGAUUUGUUAGCUCAGUUUUCAGAGAUUUGAUACAAAAUGGUACUAUUGUCGUGUACAUGGACGAUAUAAUCGUGCCUGCAAAAGAUGAGGAAACUAGUAUUCAGAAACUUAAGAUUGUCUUGAAGCGUGCAUCAGAAUAUG